AAACCAAGAACAGAGAGAGAGAGAGAGGGUGACAUCAAGAAAGAGAGACAAAGAAGAAGCACCAACGUUUCAGCCAAUGACAGAGAACAUGUUUCCGUUGUGCUGUGAGUAGAUGUCUCAGCUCUGUUGACCCAGAGGAUGUGGGACUGCUGUGCUGCUGAGAUGUGCGCAUAAAUAUUGCAAAACAAUGGCGGGAGCAGGUUCAGGAGCCUCCAGGAGCCCGAAAUUGAACUCCCAGCCCCCUACCAGUGGAGACCGGCGGCUGGUGGAUAAGGUCCUUAAAAGACUGGAUAAGCUCCACGACCUGUCCACUAACCCCCGGCUGGGCCUGAGGAACAGUCCGCCGUACCUGCCAGACCUGGUAUCUGAGACGACAAUGCUGCUCACACAGGUUUGGGAGCCCUACGGAGUCUCUAGGCCAGCAGGCGGCCAGUUGCCGCGCGGAGACGAGGCCAAGUACCUGAGGGUCCAUGUCAGAAACCUGCUGGAUAAGACGGACAGGGCCAUGCUACUGUUUAAAGAGGGACGGGAGAAGAUAUUUGAGGAGACAUCCAGCUACAGGAGGAACUUGACCAAACUGUCCUUGCUGUUCAGUCACAUGCUCUGGGAGCUGAAGGCCAUGUUUCCAGGGGGAAGUUUUCAGGGUGACUCCUACAGGGUGACUAAGACAGAGGCUGAUGAGUUUUGGAGGCAUUCAUUUGGCAGCAAGUGUAUAGUGCAGUGGAAUAGUUUUAAAGAGCAGCUGCGGAGUGUACAUGCAUUUGAGGAAGGGAUGGAGUCCAUGGCUCUGAAGUCAACUAUAGAUCUCACUUGUAAUGACCACAUCUCUGUGUUUGAGUUUGACAUCUUCACUAGACUGUUUCAGCCCUGGAGGUCACUCAUAAGGAACUGGAACCAGCUAGCAGUGACUCAUUCAGGCUACAUGGCCUUCCUCACCUAUGACCAGGUUGUAGCUCGUCUGGAACACUACCUGCAUAGACCUGGGAGCUAUAUUUUUCGUCUGAGCUGCACAAGAAUGGGCCAGUGGGCUAUUGGUCAUGUGACCACUGAAGGUAGCAUCGUCCAGACCAUCCCCCAGAAUACGCCUAUCUACCAGGCACUCAUUCAGGGCUUCAAGGAAGGCUGCUACCUGUACCCAGAUGGCCGUGAUGUGAACCCUGACCUGACGAGCUUGUGUGAACCGGCCCAUAGAGGCAAAAUCAAAGUUACAGAAGAGCAGUAUGAGCUUUACUGUGAGAUCGGCAGCACCUUCCAGCUGUGUAAGAUCUGCGCAGAGAGGGAUAAGGACACUCGUAUCCAGCCCUGUGGGCAUCUACUGUGCCAACCCUGCCUCAGAGGCUGGCAGCAGAAGUCAGCUGGCCACACCUGCCCAUACUGUCGCUGCGACAUCAGAGGAACAGAGUCCAUCCUCGUUGAGCCUUACCUGUCAGGCAGCGGCCAGUGGGAGGAGGAGGAGGGUGAGGACGACAACGCAGAGGAGGAGGACCAUGAGGACAUUGAACUGAUGGUAAAGGAAAUGGCUGCCCUGAGGAAGUUCUCAAGUUUGGAUUACCAGGUUCCCAGCUCCAUCAGCGCUCCACCUCUGCCCCCUAAAACCAACACAGCCCCACCAUGUCCAUAUCCCUCCAGCCAAUCACAGACAUCAGAAACCCAGACGCCAGCCAAACACUCUCACUCCCGUUUGCCGGCUCACAGUGGUAAUGAAGCACGUAGAAGACACAAACAACAAACAAACAUGAACAGGUGGCAGGGAGAGGAAUCAAACAGCAGUGAGGAGGAGAACUCUAGUGGGUUGAGGCUGCCUCAGUCAUACCCACUCUCCCACAGUGCUGAAUUCCUCACCGAAGCAAAGUUUUCUUCUUCCUCUCCGAGGGGUGUCAACAGUGGAGCAGCAUGGCUCGGACCCUCUAGCCCAGUCAAACAGAGACAAAGACAAAAAGAGAGGGAGGAGAGGAGAGCAGGGCUCAGAAAAGACAAAUGUGGCCUGGCAGCGAUGACGAGAACAAUGUCAUCCUGACAGAAGAAAAACCUCUGCCAUUUAAAGACUCUUUAAAUAAAGUGAGAAAUACUUAGCGGCUAAAAUAUCUUCAUUCCAGAAAUCAGCCCUCAGUGAAUGUAAAAAUAGUUUUUGUGGUCACAGCUAACUGUAAAUGACACUGUCCUGCUUAAAUUGAGAUGAGUAGGUGGAACUGACAGGAAAAUUGCUCACCGAGGCCUCCUACUGUUCAAUAAUCACACUGCCAUUAUCUCCACAGCAGGUUCAGUACUGAUUCCUAAAUAUAGCUUUGAACACUGUCUACUUUAUAAUAUAAGCAUUUUAUGAGCUUCCAUGAAAUAAUAGAAAUUAAUGAAAGGCUUGAUAUUUGAAAAUGUAAUUAUAUGGACAAAUGAAGAGGGGCAAUUACAUAUCUAGGGUUAAUAUAUGAAACAAUAGAAAUAUGCUACCUCGUCAUUUAACCCAUCCCACAGGUUUGUUCUUAUAAAGAACAUAAGUUAUAUGAGUAAAAGGCCUUUAUAACUCCAUCAAACAAUCUUAUAUGGUACAAAAAUCAAAUAAAUAAACUUGUAACUGACAUAUACUCAA